UGUCCCUUCAACCUCUUUUCUCUCUCGUUCUCACUCACGCCCUCUCUCCACAAACCCUCUCUGUAUCUCGUCUCUCUCCCCACCGAUUAAAACAUUCAACCCUCCUUCACUCUCGUGGAGAGAGAGCGAGAUUCCACCGGUAUGGUGCCAACUAAAUUGAGAUUCUGCAAAUCCAAAACCUGAAGAAACUCAAUGCUCCCAAGCUCCACUGGUAUAACACCUUCAAGCACAUUACCACCCAAGCUCCACGGGUCUCACACACACUGUCCCUGCAAGGAAGUGCUUCUCUCUUUCUCUAAGUCACGUAGAGUGGUAGUUUAUCUCUAAUGGGGUUUUGAUACUUCUGUUGCCUACUCACGGAGAGUGGCAGUCUCUUUCUCUAAAGGGUUUUUGAUACUUGAGUUGCCCUAGGCACUUGGAUUGUGCUCACUAUUGAGGGUUUCAUGGCGACUGGAGAAGCUGAUGUGAGUAGCUGGACUGACCUCCUGCACUCUUCUAGCAAGCUCUUGCAGCAAGCUGCACCAUCUGCUAAUUUCCCUCCAUUACAGAGGAACUUGGAUCAACUCGAGGCUUUAUCAAAAAAGUUAAAAGAAAAAACAUCAAGGAUUGAAGCGCCCAAUCAGUCGAUUGCUGCAAUAAGGCUGUUAGCACGUGAAGGGAUCAAUGCAGAGCAAUUGGCUCGUGAUUUGAAGUCUUUUGAACUGAAGACAACCUUUGAAGACAUUUUUCCUGUGGAGGCAACUAGUGUUGAGGAAUAUUUGCAACAGGUUCAUGAAAUGGCCAUGGUGUCAGCUGUACAGGAAGCACAAAAGGAUAACCUAAGAAGCUUUGAUGACUAUAUGAUGCAAGUUUUGGAGGAUGACUGGCAAAAGGAAAAGCGCGAUUUUUUACAAAGUCUAAGCUGUCUUUCUACUCUACCUAGAACCAACAGUGCUGUUCCAUCAAUAAGUACCCCCCAAGUUGGUUUGAUUUCAUCAGCUGCUUCAAGUCCACAGGUUUCUGCUAGUUCAUCUGGUAUGCAGCUUGCGCCUCUUUCUAACAAACCUAUUCUUGAAAAGAAGGCAUCGGCCUAUGCUGAAGUUGUGAGGAAUCUGAACGUUUCAAGAGAGCGUGGCUUACCUUUUAAUCCUGCUGCAGCAUUUAGGGAUGCUUAUCAGGGGUUGGGCCUGGAAAGUUCUGGAAUGAAGUCAGUUAGCAUGCAGAAGAUAUGGCACCUGUUACAGACUAUGAUAGGUGAAGAUUCAGUAAAUACAAGAAAUGUCUCGAGGAAAAUGGCCUUGGUUCUAGGAGCCAGGCACCAUCUUGAAUGGGGACAUGAGAAAUAUAUCUUGGAGACCAUUCAAAGCCAUCCUGCGCAGGCAUCUCUUGGUGGAGCUGUUGGGAAUUUGCAAAGAAUCAGAGCAUUUCUACGGAUUCGCUUAAGGGAUUAUGGAGUACUAGAUUUUGAUGCAGGUGAUACACGCAGGCACCCUCCAAUUGAUACAACUUGGCAACAGGUUUAUUUCUGCUUGAGAACUGGUUAUUACGAUGAGGCGAGGAGUAUUGCUCAAACUUCCAGAGUCUCCCACCAGUUUGCUCCACAGCUUGCGGAAUGGAUCUUGACUGGAGGUAUGGUGUCAGCUGAAACUGCUGCUGCUGCUUCUGAUGAAUGUGAUAAAAUGUUGAGAAUGCCUGACCGAUCUGGGCGAGGUGGGUAUGACAAGAAAAAGUUACUCCUUUAUGCCAUUACAUCCGGUAGUCGCCGUCAGAUUGAUAGGAUCCUUAGGGACCAUCCAUCACUUUUCAAUACUAUAGAGGACUUCUUGUGGUUCAAACUCUCAGCAGUUCGUGAUGUUGAAGGCAGAUCCUCUUCUGCUGUUCAUAAUGAGGGUGUGGUUCCAUACAAUUUGGAUGAUCUGCAGGGCUAUUUGAACAAGUUUGAGGCAUCAUACUACACUAAGAAUGGCAAAGACCCUUUGGUCUACCCUUAUGUAUUACUCUUAAGCAUUCAACUAUUGCCAGCCGUUCAAUACUUAUCAAAGGAACCUAGUAAUGAAGGCUACAGCUUGGAUUCUGUUCACAUUGCCAUUGUGUUGGCUGACCAGGGGAUACUUUCUGAAAGUUCAGGGACUCGACAUAAGCUUGGAAUUAUGGAUGCCUUUGCAGAGGCCACCAGCAUAAUUAGGCAGUUUGGUUCCAUGUACUUGCGCCAGGACAAUCUUUCACUUGCAUUGGAAUAUUAUGCACAGGCUGCUGCUGCGAUGGGAGGUGGAUACUUAUCAUGGGUUGGGCGCAGUAACAUUGAUCAACAAAGACAGCGAAGCCUGAUGUUGAGACAACUCCUUACAGAGCUUUUGCUUCAGGAUGGUGGUAUUGCCCUCAUGCUUGGGCCACGUGGCGCUGGAGAAGAGGGUGAAUUAACAAGAUUUAUGAACGAUAGUAGAGAACGCCAGCAGUUCUUGCUUGAAGCUGCGCGCCAAUGUCAAGAAAUUGGCCUUUAUGACAAAUCUGUAGACAUUCACAAAAGGGUUGGAGCCUUUGCAAUGGCGUUGGAGACAAUUAACAAGUGCCUUUUGGAAGCAAUUUGUGCCUUAUCUCAUGGUAGAUCUGAUGGUGACAGUCGGACUGCUGGUUUGAUUCAUGCUGGCAAUGAUAUCCUGGACACCUAUAAAUAUUCUUCGGAAACCUGCAUUCAGGAAAGAGAACUGAUUUUAGAGCAGCAGACCGUACUACGGCAGCUUGAGGCAAUAUUAUAUGUGAAUAAAUUAGCUAGAACUGGUCAACAUGCUGAUGCUUUGAGGGAGAUCACUAAACUCCCAUUUCUUCCACUUGACCCAAGAGUGCCAGAAAUUACAACAGAUGCAUUUCAGACUUUGUCUCUUUAUGUCCAAGCAUGUGUCCCUGAUCUUCUAAAGGUGGCACUGACUUGUCUGGAGAAUAUGUCUGACUCGGAUGGCAUCCUACGUGCAAUGAGGACUAAGAUUGCCAACUUUGUGGCCAAUAAUUUAUCAAGAAAUUGGCCUCAUGACUUGUAUGAGAAGGUUGCUCGAAGCAUAUGAAAUGUGCUGGAUGGCUUGCUCCUAGCAGUUGAAAAUAUUAGAUUGUGGCUUGUGGCAUAUACAUGACACUUGAAUAUUUCCAAUCGACUCCAAUUGACUUGACCAUCACAAAUGUUUACUGGUUGCUGCUUCAUUGGACAGGAAUAUUAUUGUUCACUUAGUUAUUUUGAUCAGGUUAGAGCAUCAAUUUAUAUGUAUUUGUUGAUUGCCAGAUUUUCUCAGAUUGUUAAAUUUUGAAUUAUCAAACUCAUAUAUGUAUUUGUUGAUUGCCAUCUUGUGGAUCCUCUAACCAGAUUCAGAUCCUAGAGGCACAACCUUCAUAGCAGAGAAACUUCUUUGUAUAUUUCUACUUGUAUGUGAGAGAGAUCGCGCCACUUAUUUGGCAUAAGAGUUAGCUACC